UGUAUAUUAAAUCUGUAGGGCCUAAUCUCUAUGUCGAGGUUGGUAUCUACGCUUUAUGUCACGCGACACAUAUCAUCUUAUGGAAGAGCGUUGACUUUGAUGGAAUAUAUGCACAUAAUUUCCCUCCUCCGCUCCGUCUUCCAAACAUGUUUAUCAAAAGGAGUCUCCCUGCACACCUUCAUCCAUGUCUCCUCCUCGUCUUCACCUCCGCCCUCUUGGAGAUUGCCUUCGUGGCCCGUGGCGAUGUCGGCACGGCUUCUCACUAUACCCCUCCAUACCAACCGACGGAAUGCUACGGUGGGGACCCAUCACAGUUCCCGUCGAGCAACCUGUUCGCGGCGGCGGGUGACGGGGUUUGGGACAACGGGGCGGCGUGCGGGAGGCAGUACCUGGUGCGGUGCAUCAGCGCGUCGAAGUCCGGCACCUGCAUCCCCGAACGCACUAUCCAGAUCAAGAUCGUCGACUACGCCCUCUCGUCCUCGUCUGCAGCCGUCGCCUCCAAGCAGUCCGUCACCGGCGCCACCUUGGUCCUGUCUCAGACCGCGUUCGGAGCCAUUGCCAAUUCCUCCGUGGAUUCUAUCAACGUCGAGUUCCAACAGUAAGUAACUCCAGUUUCCCCCUUUCUCCGUACUUUCUGUGAAUCUCGUGCUAGUUAGUUGGACCCCAUUUUUGGAGCUUACGAAUUAUUUUCCGCCCUUUUUUUCGCCGUCAUAUGGUAGAAUUCUUGCGACAAACUCGGAAUUCGGAUGCUUCCGUAAAGGAAUCGCAGUAAUUCAGGGUAUAAGAACUUCCAAUGAUCAACCUAUCUUGCUAAACUCCAGCUGCGGUUGCAAUCACAAUACAUCGAACCAAAACUUUAAUUUAAAUAGCAGCGGUAAUGCGACAAUCAUGUUAGACAAUUCGUGUCGUCGGUCAAACCAAAAACUAAGUUCGUCGCAAUUCUUAUAUGUUUACAACGGGCGUAUUUUGUAAUUCAAAAACAAUGAGCGUAUCAAGCUGCGACGCCGGCGUUCGCAUUAAUUGUCGAUUAAAAUAAGGUGGCAUUGAAGCAAAUUUCAAAAUGGAUGCGGCCUAAUCCGCCGACGAUUUCAAUAUCAGCACGUUGACUUCGAUAUGGUAAAGUUUUCAAAUCAUAUCUUCUUCU